AUGGCGUCAAACGUAGAAGCCCCGGAGCGCUGGUACCUCGCCCUACUCGGCUUCGCGGAGCAUUUCCGAACAUCCAGUCCGCCCAAAAUCCGCCUUUGCGUGCAUUGUCUCCAAGCAGUAUUCCAGUUCAAGCCGCCACAGAGGAUAGAGGCCCGCACGCAUCUCCAGCUGGGCUCGGUGCUUUACCACCACACCAAGAACAGCGAUCUGGCCAGCAGCCACCUGGAGAAGGCGUGGUACAUUUCCCAGCAAGUCCCCCAGUUCGAAGAUGUCAAGUUUGAGGCUGCAAGCAUUUUAUCGGAACUCUUCUGCCAACAGAAUUUGGUGGACUCUGCAAAGCCUCUUCUGCGCAAGGCCAUUCAGAUUUCUCAGCAAACACCGUAUUGGCACUGCAGACUGUUGUUCCAGCUGGCACAACUUCAUACACUGGAGAAAGACUUGGUGUCCGCGUGUGACUUACUGGGUGUUGGAGCGGAGUACGCCCGCGUGGUGGGCUCGGAAUACACAAGGGCGUUGUUUCUCCUCAGUAAAGGCAUGCUGCUACUAAUGGAGAGGAAGCUUGGCGAGGUGCAUCCCUUGCUUACACUUUGCGGAACCAUUGUGGAGAACUGGCAGGGAAACCCCAUCCAGAAGGAGUCCCUGAGGGUCUUCUUCCUAGUCCUACAGGUCACACACUACCUGGAUGCUGGACAGGUAAAGAGCGUGAAGCCUUGUUUAAAGCAGCUGCAGCAGUGCAUCCAGACCAUCUCUACACUCCACGAUGAUGAGAUUCUUCCCAGCAACCCAGCUGACCUCUUCCAUUGGCUCCCUAAGGAGCACAUGUGUGUCCUUGUUUAUCUGGUGACAGUGAUGCACUCCAUGCAAGCGGGCUAUCUGGAGAAAGCACAGAAGUACACAGACAAGGCACUAAUGCAACUAGAAAAACUAAAAAUGUUGGACUGCAGCCCUAUCCUUUCUACCUUUCAAGUCAUUCUACUGGAGCACAUCAUCAUGUGCAGGCUCGUCACAGGCCACAAGGCCACCGCAUUACAGGAGAUCUCACAGGUAUGUCAGCUUUGCCAACAGUCUCCCAGGUUAUUCAACAACCAUGCUGCCCAGCUCCACACUUUAUUAGGCCUCUACUGUAUCUCUGUAAACUGUAUGGAUAAUGCAGAAGCACAGUUUACCACAGCUUUGCGGCUCACCACACACCAGGAACUGUGGACUUACAUCGUCACCAACUUGGCCAGCGUUUACAUUAGGGAAGGCAACCGACACCAAGAGUUGUACAGCCUCUUGGAGAGAAUAAACCCAGACCACAACUUCCCAGUCAGCUCACAUUGUCUCCGUGCGGCUGCCUUUUACAUCCGGGGACUGUUGUCCUUCUUCCAAGGCCGCUACAACGAGGCCAAACGCUUCUUAAGAGAAACUUUAAAGAUGUCUAAUGCAGAGGACCUGAACAGACUCACUGCAUGCUCGCUGGUUCUACUGGGCCACAUAUUCUAUGUGCUGGGAAACCACAGAGAAAGCAACAACAUGGUGGUACCUGCCAUGCAGCUGGCUAGCAAGAUCCCCGACAUGUCUGUGCAGCUUUGGUCCUCUGCGCUGUUGAAAGAUUUGAACAAAGCACUUGGGAACACUAUGGAUGCCCACGAAGCAGCCCAGAUGCACCAAAAUUUUUCCCAGCAGCUUCUGCAGGAUCACAUCGCGGCCUGCAGUCUCCCCGAGCACAACCUCAUCAGUUGGACUGACGGCCCUCCUCCUGUCCAGAUCCAAGCCCAGAACGGUCCCACCACCAGCCUUGCAAGCUUGCUAUGA